AUGAGCUACAGCGGAAUUCUCACGGGGCUUGGCCUGAGAGGCCGUACAUCCUGUCGGAAGUCCAUGUUUGGAGGAAAGAGAGUCCUUCAGCAAGCAUCCUUGGUCAAGAGAGGACUACUGACACAGAGCUAUGCGCGGGGGCCAUCUGAUCCGCCCUUGAUUGAGUCCACAGUUGGGGAUCAUUUCGCCAAGAUUGUCGCGGAAUGCGGAGACAGAACAGCUGUUGUCUCAAGACAUCAGAAUGAUCGAGCAACAUAUGCCUCCUUAGACACAAGAAGCAAUGCUCUCGCUCGGGGGCUGGAAUCACUGGGUAUUGGGAAGGGGGAGCGGGUUGGAGUCAUGCUUGGGAACUCGAUGGAAUACGCCGUGGCAACAUACGCGUUAUUCAAACUUGGUGCCGUUCUGGUUCCGCUCAAUCCGUCUUUCAAUACUGCACAAGUGAUUGCAGCCCUGGGCCACCUGGAAGCCAGUCAUCUUUUAAUCAGCACAGAGUCCAAUCUGCCUCGGAAAAAACCACGCAGCAAUGUUCCGUUACUCGAUGACCUUGUUGAAGACCUCCACAAGCCAAACUUGGAGUCCAUAUUGGUCCCUUCUCUGAAGAAUAUCAUUAUGGUCGACAACUCUGAAGGCCGCGUGGAUAUAUCAUCCUAUAGAAGCUUGACGCCGUAUGCAUCCAUUAUGUCCCAGCUUACUGCAGACGGCCGCCCGCUUCCUCCUCAGAAUCUCUCUCCAGAUGAAACUGUGAAUAUCCAGUUCACGUCAGGAACCACAUCAAUGCCCAAGGCAGCAUGCCUCACCCACCGCUCCAUCCUAAAUAACGGCUCUCAGAUCGGCGAUCGCAUGCUUCUCACGCCGAAUGACAUUGUCUGUUGCCCACCGCCGCUGUUUCAUUGCUUCGGCGGUAUAUUAGGCUAUAUGGCGACAGCAACCCACGGCUCGGCCAUCGUCUUCCCCAGUGAAUCUUUCAAUGCUCGUGCUGCGUUAGAGGCUGUUCAAGAAGAGAAAUGUACCGCGCUGCAUGGUGUACCGACGAUGUUCCUCGAGGAGCUGAGCAUGAUCGAGACGGGAGAAAUCUCCCGCGAAGGAUUCCAGCAUCUUCGCACGGGCAUCGCUGCUGGAAGCAGUAUACCUUCUGAGAUAAUGAAAAAACUGCACAAGGUACUGAAUCUAACCGAAUUGACAAUUUGUUACGGAAUGACGGAAACAAGCCCCGUCUCGGCUAUGACAACGACGGAUGAUCCCAUUGAUAAGCGGAUCUACUCUGUCGGAAAGCUCAUGCCACAUGUCGAGGCAAAGAUCGUACACCCGGUGGACAAGAAAGAUAUUCUGCCUAUAGAGAGACGGGGUGAGUUGGCAGUGAGCGGGUACCUGCUGAUGAAGGAAUACUGGGGCGAUCCAGUAAAGACCGCGGAGGUGAUGAUUCCAGAUGACUCUGGCAAGGUGUGGAUGCAUACUGGAGACGAAGCUUCCAUGUCACCAGAUGGAUAUAUCACUAUCACUGGACGGAUCAAAGAUCUGAUCAUCCGCGGUGGCGAGAAUAUACACCCCCUAGAGAUCGAGAAUUGCUUGCUGGCCAACAAUGGCGUUGCAGAUGUGUCUGUCGUUGGCGUCCCCGACGUGAGAUAUGGCGAGGCAGUGGCUGCUUUCGUUGUUCCUCGGGACCACGGUUCAAAUGCAGUCACUGCUGAGGAUAUUCAGCAAUGGGUGCGUGAAAAGCUUAGCAAUCAUCUUGUUCCGAAGCAUGUCUUCUUUUUGGGCCCCUUGGAGCCUUUCCCCAAGACAGCGAGUGGAAAGAUCCAGAAGUUUAAGCUUAGGGAGAAGGCCAUUGCACUUUUAGCCAAAAGCGCUGCAUGA